GUGCGUGUAAACUGGUGUGCGUGUGGAAACCAAGCCGCCAAGGCGUGUGUGUAUUCAUAACGGUCCUCCAUCGGAACGAGUGGGUGUGUGGCGAGGACUCGCUGCGACUGGAGGGCGCGCCGACGCCCGCGCCCCCGCGCGGGGUGUGAGUGAGGAGGCCGGUCUUGCGGAGGGACGCGCGGCGUGUCUCCCCCGCCCCCACCCCCGCUGGCCGGCGCCUGUGUGUGCGCGCGUGCGCGUGGGGCGCGCCGCGGCGGAGGGCGGGCGGGAGGCGGCGGCAGGCCCAGCCCCCGGUCGCAGAGCCCGGGGCGGCUCCUCGGCGAGCUGGGACCGCCGCGCUGCCGCCGCCGCCGCGCGCUGGCGUGAUUCCCGGCCCGCGCCGCGCCCUCCCGCGCUGCAGCCGACUCGGCGCCCUGUCCGCCCAGACGCCGCUGCUCCCGGGCUCUCGGUCUCGGCUCCGCGGAAGGCGAGGAAAUGAGUGCGGCGGCGGCGGCGCCCGAGCGGGGUUGGAAGAGCGAGAAAGUGGACGAGGCUCAGGCCCUGGCGCGGAGUUGCGCCGCCCGCAGACCCGACUUCCAGCCGUGCGACGGGCUCUCCAUCUGUGCCACGCACAGCCACGGCAAGUACGUGUACCAGCCUAUGACCCCCGUGGAGCAGCUCCCCAGCACCGAGAUUCCUGUGAAGCCCCGGGAACCCACGAACACCAUUCAGAUCUCAGUCUCUCUCACUGAACACUUUCUGAAAUUUGCAUCUGUCUUCCAGCCUCCCCUCCCGCCUGACUCCCCAAGGUACUGUAUGAUCUCAGACCUCUUUAUUGACAACUACCAGGUUAAGUGUAUUAAUGGGAAGAUGUGUUAUGUGCAGAAGCAGCCGGCACCGCAUUCCCACAAAAUGAGCCCUCAGGAGGUCUCUGCACACGAUGCCUUAAUUUCAAAAGAGAGCAAUACACCAAAAAUAGAUCACUGCUCUUCUCCCUCAAGUUCUGAGGACUCUGGGAUCAAUGCCGUCGGGGCUCACUAUGUGGAAUCGUGUGAUGAGGACACGGAGGAAGGAGCAGAAUUGAGCUCAGAGGAAGACUACAGUCCAGAGAGCAGCUGGGAGCCGGACGAGUGCACCCUUCUCUCCCCGUCGCAGUCCGACCUGGAGGUGAUCGAAACGAUAGAAACCACCGUGUGAGGCCGGGCAGGAAGCCGCGUCCUCUGGUCCCUGCUGCGCUUUGUGCUCGUGUUGAUGGGCCCUUUUGCCAGUGCAGUUGGUAUUUUCGACCCCUAACAACUGUAGCAGUUCAGUGGUCUGCUGAUUAGCUAAACUCUUAAAUUAGUCUUAUAACUAAGAUAUUUGUUUUCUUUUGUAUCUUGACUUACUUUCUAUGUAGCAUCUGGUGUCAAGAAUUGUGACCCAGCCUUAAUUUCACUGGGAACUUUGUAAGCGAUGAUGUGAUGAUCACAGAGGAUCAUGGACCAGGUUGAGAGCUACCCAGAGUGGAGGAGACAGUAUUUUCUAAACCCCCAGUUCUUCACAGGGAAACUGUUGGCAUUCCUUUUGGCAUGCUGACAGGCACCCCCACUGCCCUGCAAGUCCCAUGUGGGAAUCGGCUCUCGUGAGGGGAACAGACUGGGUCCUGGUAGAUGCCAUUCUGUCCCUUUCCUCUUCCCACCACCUGCCUGGGGCAGGGCCAGUUGCCUGGCUUACUUCCAGGAGGGGACUGGGGGCCAGCUCAGCCCCUAGCUAUGAUCAGUGUCUGCACAACCCUCCAUGGUCUGGGGCUGAGCUAGCCCUUCAUUUAAGAAGAGAUGACAUCUUCAAUUUCACGCUCAAUCCGGCUCUAGCCUACACUCUGCAGGGUGCUGUGGGGAUACAGAAUGAAUAAGACCCGAUUCCCCACAUGAAGGGAACCACAGUCCAGGAGGGGAGAUAAUGCAUGCAGGUAACAUUACCCAGAAUUCUCUGGGAACCCAGGGGAAGGAGAGAUGUACUUGGCUUGGAGCUAGGGAAUGUGUUGUAGCAUUUGAGAUGGUCUCUUGGGUGGGUUUCCCAACAUUUCCCUGCUUUUCUUAAUUGUUCUUCAAAUCUGGGAAAAACUUUUAGGAAGUUAUAUAGGUAUUAUAUUUAGGAAGCAGCCACAUCUGAUGUCUUAAGAAACUAUCAGUAAUAGUUUUAGUUAGCAUGGAAAUGCUAAAGACAGCAGUCCUUUAGGGAUUAGGAUGAAUCUAAUAGGUUUGAUGAAUUCUGCUUCAUUUGGUUGUAUGAAGCAUUAGAAUGGCUUAGGUGGGAAAUGGGUUAGAAUUCAUUAUGAUGCAUGGGUUUUUAUGCAAAUGCAAACGCAGUUGAAGUAGUUCACUGCUAAGUCAGGAGAAAAUAUUUUGUGUGAUAUUCAUCCACUUUACUACAGUAAUAUUAAUGGUCUGUUGUACAUGUUCUCUUUUCUCACACACAAAAUAGUGAAUAACUUUUCCUUAUUUAGCUUUCUUCAGAAUUCUCCUCCCAUCUCCAUUUAUACCAGCUGUUCUUGUGUGAGCUGGUUAUCUGCCAUUUCUCCAAAGCUUCUCUCUGGGAGGCAUGUUAAGAAUCCAGGAAAUUUAACACUCAGCCUAGUGACACUAGAGCUAUCCAAGCUGGAGACAGAAAACCACUUCUGACGUCCUAACCGUCCUAACCGUCGGGACUGUGCGCUCGCGGCACUGCCUCCUGCUCUGUCAGCAUGACGGCACGCUCUUCUGCGUUAUGUUCGUCUGUAUCUUAAGAAAUAAGAAGAGGCCCGUGUGUUCUUCCCUGAAGCCUCCACUUGACUUCCUUCACAAGUCAUUAGGCAAAUCUGCUUUCCCAGUUGUAUAUGUGGUUUACGUGAUUGGCUAGAACACUCGUUAGGUUUAGGUGCCCAAACAUCCAUGGGGUUUACAGUAUGCAGAUUCCUUUGAGAACAGUGUUAGCUAAAGCUUUCUAAGCUAGAUGAGAAUAUGACGUAAGGUUUCCACCUACUGAAAUGUAAGGACUCAAUAAGUCAAGCCGAUAAGGUGGUGAGAGGAGCUCCAGGAACAGGGGCUCCCCGCCUCCCCCCUCCCCCAGCCAGCCCAGCCCAGGUGGCUCAGGGACAGACAUCUGCUGAGCCUCCUGGGGUUCAUGGUGCCUCCACGACUGAGUGGACAGAUGAAGGCGAGCAUAGAAGCUGUGCAGUCAGCAGCUGUGUACUCACGGUGGUAACAGCAACAUAGCACCCUCCUCCCCCUCUUCCCCCUCCUCCCCCUCUUCCCCCCACUGCUGUGGGUAAGCUCAUUGAAUUCCCCAGGAUGCAUAUGAAGGUCCUCUUUCUUGGCACCGUUCCUACCAAGUUCCCUACUCUGGGCCCACAUUCCUCAUUCCUGUCCACUAAACUAAUUGAAGUCAACCACCAGGCCUUUAAAGCCCUGGAAAUACAUGGUCACAGGGCCGUUCCCAAGGCUGGCUGUUUCGCAUUGGGCCCUUUAUCAAUAAUAUCUAUAACUUUUAAAACUCUUGAACUGCCAUUCAGAGUAGCCACGAUUUUAAUGAAAUUUUUGGAUUUAAUAACGGUUGAUAUCACUUUAAAUAUUUACACACUCUUUAUAAUUAAAAACGCACUAAGCUUCGCCUACUACUAUCUGUUUUAUAGAAUUGGAGACGUUCCAUUGGAUUCUAAAUAUUAAGAUGCUCCUGGAUCUCAAAAGAACCUUUUCUAAACAAGCACAAGCAAGAAUUUCCUUUGUCCUAGCACUGUCAAUGUUAGUAAUUCUCCAGAGAGUCAUAUAGGAUUGAACCAGAAUUGUUUCUUUCUGCUUGCAUUCCAAAACGACCGAUAAGGACAUAAAAAUGUGUAGUUUCGACUUGAAUUCUAGGCCUGUUCUGUUCUAUGUUAUAUAAAAGAAUUUCUCUGUAAUCCUGAUAUUAUACUGCUCUUUUGUAUAAGCAUAUUUAUAGGCACUUUAGAGAACAUUUAGCCGCAACGUGUAUUAUAGACAUUGGAAACAGUCAUGUGUUCGCUUUCGGUUACUGCGUGAUAUUGAGGGGUGAGCGCUUUAUAAUCUGGGUCUGGCCGUGUGCUCACCUGGAGCAGAGGGUUGUGCUGUGCAGACGGAGAAACUGCUCUCUUGGGCUUUUGUAGAAAGAAACCUGGCCCCGUUCCUACUUUUUGAAAGUUGGUGUAAAAGCUGUUAGGAGGAAGAUACAAAGUAAGUGCUGCAUGGAAUACAGCUUUCUUAUCACACCAAGAUUUAUUUUAGAAUCUUCAAAUAUGCUCAUAACUUUUCUGAGAAAUGACAACGCAGUUAAAAUGUUUUGUGGUUGUAGUUGGUACAGGAACAAAUACAGCUUUACCAUCAAAUCUAGAUUUUUUUAUUUUUUUUUUUACCUUGUAAUUUUCCAGCUUUGAAAAGCGAUUUUGAGGGAAACCCUGAAGAAAAAAACGUUGCUUUCUUGGAAAGGGAAAACUUACAGUUCAUGGUAACACUAUACAAGAUAAAAGCACUAAGACCAGAACCAAACUGUGAGGUUGUCCUGAGGUACCUUUUGGAUUGGAUCUAGGACUUGAUUCUGUCUUGGGGGUGGGGCUUUAUUUCUUAUCCUCCACUUCCUAGCCUUUUUGAAACACCACAGUUCUUUUGGAAUUGAUCAUAACUCCCCUUAUGCAAAUUUCUCUAUUUGGAUAAUAGGAUGCAACCAAAUAAUUUAGGAAGCUGUCAAAAUAUCCAGAUAUAUUUGGCAGUAUAAGUACCACUAGGCAAGAAAAAAAGCAUAAGAUAAAAUAAUAUUUAUAAAAUCAGCUCUUGAUUAUUCCAUCUUGUUUGCAAAAUUUUAUUGAAACAUUUUGGCUUUCUACAAGAGGGAAACACAAUUUCAACAGCCCUCUUUCCUGCUCCCCUCUCCAGAGGAGCUGUGACCAGAAUUAAGGAGGCCAGUUGUAUUUGAAGCUUUUUAGAAAGUAGUAUGUGACUCGUGUCUUGCCCUUGAGGAGGAGUGGAGAAGGAAGUGGGAGUUCUCACUUUAUCAGUUCUGUGCUUCAAGGGAUGUCAGUGUUUCUCACAUCCAAGCAUAAGUAUAAGGACACUUCUCAAAAUUAAUUUUGGAAUUUUAAAAACUUUGUAAGUCCCGGCUCCUUUCAUUAUUAUGGAUAAUGGACAGCUGACUGUAUAGGAAAGGGCCAUGUUUCGAUUAGUGCUUUGAGAUGGACGCAGCGCUCUCUGAAUAUUCCGAACCAGUCUGAAGGCAGAUCGUCACUGGAGGUUUAAUACUGAGCUUGCAUAUCAUUGUGUUCAUAUACACUUUUUUAGGGUGUUCAUACCUAACAAUAUUCACUUACUGUGCUAUUUUUUAAAAUCUCUCUAUUUUAAAGUUUUAAGCACAAUGUUGACCAUUCUGUAAUUUCCUAAAAUUAUAUUGUUUUCUUACAGACAACUUACCUUUCCUUUAUGUAUAAUACUUUAGGGAAAUAACUACCUUGUCAAAUAAAUGUAACUUUUUUUUGUACCAGCA